AACAAAACCUACAGAAACACAAUGGAGAGCCAACAAAUUCUCAUGCUAAUCAUUUACACUACUUUCUUUUGUUUCAUGCCCACUUCCUCUACUAUCACCCCAAAUCAGUCCUUACAAUAUCAUGAGACACUUGUUUCUUCUGCAGGAACCUUUGAAGCAGGAUUUUUUGGCUUUGAAAACUCAACAAGACAAUAUUUUGGUAUAUGGUACAAGAGCAUACUACCUAGGACUAUUGUGUGGGUUGCCAACAGGAAUGUCCCAGCACAAAACUCAACAGCAGUUCUGAAACUUACUCAUCAAGGAGUUAUUGUCAUUCUUGAUGGCUCUGGAGGAAGAUUGUGGUUCUCCAACUCAUCAAAAAUUGCAGUGAAACCAGUUAUGCAGCUGUUAGAUUCAGGAAACCUUGUUGUGAAAGAUGGAGAGAGCUCAGAGAAUUUCUUGUGGCAAAGCUUUGAUUAUCCUGGAGACACUUUCCUUCCAGGAAUGAAACUGAAAAGCGAUUUUCUUAAGGGUCCAUAUAAGUAUCUCACUUCUUGGAGGGACUAUGACGAUCCAUCUGAAGAUGUGUUUUCUUAUAUGAUCGAUACGAGGGGCUUUCCUCAACAAGUUACUACAAACGGAACUACAAUUUUGUACAGCAUAGGGCCUUGGAAUGGCUAUAUUUUCAGUGGUGUUUCUUGGGAUAGAACCCACACAUUCUUGAGUUUCUCUUUAGAAUUCACUGACGAAGGGGUUUCGUAUGGAUAUGAAACGUUAAACAUUUCAGUGCUUAGUAUAACAAGGCUCAAGCUCAAUCCAAGAGGGGGUACAGAGCGUUUUCUAUGGUCAAACCAAAGACAAAGUUGGGAUAUUGUAAACAGUCAUCCAAUAGAUCAGUGUGAAUAUUUUGGCACUUGUGGUGUCAACUCUAUAUGCAAUAUUAAUAAGCCUCCAAUAUGUGAAUGCUUGCAAGGUUUCACACCAAAGUUUCAAGCAAAGUGGGAUUCUCAUGAUUGGUCUGGUGGUUGUGUGAGAAGAACAAAGUUAAGUUGUGAUAAUGGAGAUUGGUUUAAGGAGUACAGAGGAAUAAAGUUGCCAGAAACGUCUUCUUCCUGGUUUGACAGGAGCUUGAGCCUUGAGGAAUGUGAGACAUUGUGUUUCAGAAACUGCUCUUGUACUGCAUAUGCAAAUUCAGAUAUUAGAGAUGGUGGGAGUGGUUGCUUGCUUUGGUUCCGUGACAUUGUGGACCUGAGAACUCACACUGAUCAAGGGCAAGAAAUUCAUAUACGAAUGCCAUUCUCUGAACGUGGUAUUUUCAUUUCCAAUUCCAUCUUAUGCCCUUUUGCCAGAUUUGGUGGAAAUAUCAUUUAUAAAUAUAAUGUUAUUUAUAAGCAAUUCAUGUCUCCUACUACAUUGGGAGCAGUGAAAAAAGUUAUUCCCUGGAAGCACAUGAUGGAGAAGGAAGACAACAACUUACCAACAAUGUUUCGUUUUUCAACCAUUGAUAUUGCAACAAAUCAUUUUUCUAACAGAAACAAGGUAGGAGAAGGUGGUUUUGGAACAGUACACAAGGGAACGUUGAUAGAUGGGCAAGAGAUUGCAGUUAAGAGACUUUCAAAAACUUCAACACAGGGAACUGAGGAGUUCAAAAAUGAAGUUAAGUUGAUGGCAACACUUCAGCACCGUAAUCUUGUAAAACUUCUUGGUUGGUCUAUUAAAAAAGAUGAGAAGUUGUUGAUCUAUGAAUUCAUGCCCAACAGAAGCUUGGAUUACUUUAUUUUUGAUACAUUGCAAGGCAAAUCAUUAGAUUGGACUAAGCGGUUGAAAAUUGUCGAGGGAAUUGCUCGGGGUCUUAUGUAUCUUCAUCAAGAUUCUAGACUUAGAAUAAUACAUAGAGACAUCAAAACAAGUAACAUUCUUCUUGAUGACAAUAUGAUUCCAAAGAUAUCAGAUUUUGGAUUAGCAAGAAUAUUUGGAGCAGAUCAAGCUGAAGCAAAUACAAACAGAGUGAUGGGAACACAUGGCUAUAUGCCUCCAGAAUAUGCAGGGCAUGGUUGUUUCUCAACCAAAUCUGAUGUUUUCAGUUUUGGAGUAAUUGUUAUUGAGAUAAUUAGUGGAAGGAAGAAUCGUGGAUUUCGUGACCCUCACCAUCAUCUUCUCAACCUUCUUGGCCAUGCGUGGAGAUUAUGGAAUGAAGAAAGGCCAUUGGAGUUAAUGGAUGAGAUAUUAGAUGAUGGUGCAGACUUAUCUUUAGAAAUAUUACGGUGUAUUCAUGUGGGUCUGUUGUGUGUACAACAGAAUCCAGAAAAUAGGCCUAAUAUGUCAUCUGUUGUUUUGAUGUUAAAUGGUGAGAAGUUGCUACCGAGACCAAGCCAACCUGGAUUCUAUAUAGGAAAAGAUCAUAUAGCUGACACUGGAUCUUCAAAGCAACAUGACAGGUGUUCAAUAAAUGAAGUUUCAAUUUCAUCCUUAGAGGCGCGAUAGAACAUUUUUCAUGUAAUGUAGAUAUAUAAAUGAAUACUGUUCAAAUGUGCUGAAACUUGUGUAUAUCUCAUAUGUGUUUUU